CGCUCCGCCCCCUCCACGAAACUCAUCUGAUAAAACACAACGAGAGCUGGAGAAAUCAAAGACACCGACUGCACGGUCCUCCGUUACCGCUGGAGCAGCAGCACCAAUCCCGCAGCACGCCUCCAGCUCUGUCUUUAUCAAAGCGCGCAAACAGCAGCGGCUGGAAAGGAUCGAGAGGAAUAUAUUACCCUCUUAACAGAACAAUGAACGCGGGCUGAUUUCUCAGGGACAGACGAACUGUUUGAGGAUAAAUGGGUUCAAGGAAAUAGGAACUACAGUGAAGGCCUCCUGCUGACCCUUCUGUAGUUGGGUCUGGAGUGCAGCGGUGUGCGGAGGAGAGGACUUCUGAAAGAUGAAAUCCAGUCUGAAACAAUGGCGGCGGCUCGCCCUCGGCCUCAUGCUAGUCUGGGUUCUGCUGUUUCUGGCGCUCCUCUCCUACUUCAUGGAGUCCCGAGUGGACGACCCGCACUCGGUGGCCGCUCUCUCUUACACGGACACUCGCCGCCUGACCUCACUGCAGAGUAACCCCCGCACCAUUAUGGCCACCCACCUUGGGCUUGGCAUCUCCUCAACCCCCCCUGCCUCCAGCAACACCCGACAAGAGAGAAGCCAGGAGGAAAACCCCAGCGCCGACCCCCAGCCCAGUCCGCUCAGCCAGGAGGCCUACCCCUAUCCCGACCCUCAGAGCCUGGCGGCAUGGUCUGCAUUCGGCACCCAGGACGUGGGCUCCAGAUCGGCCGCUGUGAGUCGCAACCGCGAGCGGCAGGAGUAUAAUCAGGAUUCCCCUCAACAGGAUGAAGAAGACGAGGAAGAGGUGGUGGGAGGGGAAGAGGAAGACGAGGAGGAGGGAGAUGAAGGAAGGAGGAGGAAGACUAAACGGCUGGCUGUGCGUGACGACUCUGACCCCGAUGAGUACUACAUUCCCAGGUCGAAAUCCGUAGUGCGCAGCCUGUGGAAAGGGAGUUUGUCCCUGGGCAUGCUCAGUCCUCGCCUGCAGAGAGCUAUGAAGGACUACCUGAAUAAUAAUAAACACGGCGUGGCCUACAGGGGGCACCGGAAGGCUCAACAGAGCGGCCAGCAGGUGUUGUGUGAGCUGAAGAAGGGGGAAAAGGUUCGAACUUUGGAUGGGGCCGAGAUGCCUUUCUCCAAUUUGGGCUGGCAGAAGAUUGUGCCUGCUUUACCUUUAAGCCAGCUCUACGGGCCAGGCUUCCAGACCUGCGCUGUGGUCACCUCCGCGGGAGCCAUGCUUCACUCGGGACUCGGCAAGGAGAUCGACUCCCAUGAAGCAGUGCUGCGUUUCAAUACAGCUCCCACCGAGGGUUAUGAAAGAGACGUCGGGAAUAAAACCACGAUACGCAUCAUCAACUCUCAGAUCCUGGCCAAUCCCAAGCAUCAGUUCAACACAAGCACACUGUAUAAGAAUGUAUCUCUGGUGGCGUGGGAUCCUGCUCCAUACACCCUCAACCUGCACAAAUGGUAUUCCAAUCCAGACUACAACCUUUUCACUCCAUAUAUGGAGCACAGGAUGCACUUCCCCGCGCAGCCUUUCUACAUCCUGCAUCCGAAAUACAUCUGGCAGUUAUGGGACGUGAUUCAGGCUAACAAUCUGGAGAACAUCCAGCCCAACCCACCCUCCUCAGGGUUCAUAGGCAUCCUGCUGAUGAUGUCCUUGUGUGAAGAGGUUCACGUGUACGAGUACAUUCCUUCACUGCGGCAGACGGACCUGUGCCACUAUCACGAGCGUUACUACGACGCCGCCUGCACCCUGGGUGCGUACCACCCCCUGCUCUACGAGAAGAUGCUCAUCCAGCGCAUUAACGUCGGCUCAGAGGACGACCUCAAACGGAAAGGCAAGGUCACGCUCCCGGGGUUCAAGAACGUCCACUGUGAGCCCUGAACAGAAAGACGCAAUAACGGCCUUUGUAAAGCAGAAGAGAUCUGCAGACGGAGACUGUUGAGAACGGACCUUGUUCGAUACGAGACGAAACCUUCUGCUGUAGUUCACUCAAAAAUGCAUUUUCUGAGCCGAAGCUUAAAUAAAGAUGAUCAGAACAGCAAUAGAUACGUCAUGAGAAAAGCUUUUUAGAUCUGUGGAUGUUCAUGGUGUUAAAAGCCAUCAAAAACAGUGUUUGGUUUUUUUUUUUUUAUUAUAUUAUUUUUAAUGGAACUCUGUUUUUUUCACAGGGUUGAAAGUAUUAACAGUCAUAAACACUGAAAGCUACACUGUUGAGGGACGAAAAGCAUCCACUCAAAUGCAUUUUAGCACAGAGGCUAGAUUUAUUCUGACUAAAAAUUAGUUUUAUUAAUCUGUUUUCCACAUACUGACAGAUUUUAAAGCUUCUCGCCAUAAUGCUAUGAUUGUUUUUGUAUAUUAGGUGUCGUUUUCUGCUGUAAAAUACGUUGUGCCACAUUCACAAGCCUCUUUGAGAAUAUUUUGCUCUUCCAGAACGUCUCUGAACUGUGGCAAAUGAAUUAAGAGUGUUUUCUUACUCUGUGUAAAUGUUCCUUCAAGAGCAGAGUACAUGUAUGUACCUGUUAUUUAAAACGGCUUAAAGGAGCUUCUGAAUGCGUCCGUGGUUCGUUUAAUUCUCUUCUAGUCGUUUUUCUACUUUGAGAAGCCUGUCUAGACAGGUGGUUUACAGAAAAUAGUUAUUAUUGCUUGUACUAUGGACUCAUCGCAGCACUGUAAAUCUUAUUUGGGACUUUAAGGCUGCUGGCAAUAUAACAAGUACAGUGGUGAUAUUAUUUGUUAAUUCUAACUUGAGGUUUCUAAUGUCUUGUAGCCCCUAAAAUCAAGAGGUUUUCUUGACUCUUUAAAAGCGAAUGAAUUAUGUCGUCUUCUCUUAAAUGUACAGAUAAUUUGAUUCACUUUGCGGUUUGACUUUUUUCUACAGGAGGGAAAACUUGAAGGUUCGUUCUUUACUCAUGUGCAUUGUUUUCAAUGUGUGCCAUUUUUAAUUGAGACGGAAAACGCUUUCUCGAGUGGAUUUUCCUGGAGAUCUUGUAAGGAAGAGCUAACGUCUGUUUUAAUCGCUGUUGUAUAUUGUAGAAGUAAAACUAGUAAUUGAUGAUUUCACUCAGGAGCUCGCGAUACUCUCUUCACCGGGGUGAAAUAUUUAAUUUUUCUUCUAGUCCUACGGAUAGGCUGAGGUGUGUAAAGCUAAUAUUUGACCUUUACUCUGUCCUGUUUCCCCAUGUUGGGGGAUUGUAGAUGUAGAGAAACUGAAGAGCAAUGGCAUUAGGUUCGCAUGUUAAAGAAAAAACGGUUUCGAGCAGCUGAACCUGACUGCGUGUUGGGCCGGGCCGUGAUUGUUGGGCACGUCUGACCAAUCACUGUCCGUCUCACUUGCCUCCAGUCUGUAAUUUAAAUAUUUUUUUUUUUAUCGAAAGGGUAGCAGGAAGGAAACGACUUGGAGGGUUACUGUUCAAAUAUUUGGGGGCAUUACAUUUGCUGUUAUUUGUUCAAAAACACAGUAAAGACAUUGAUAUUGUAACAUAAUUUAUUACAAUUUAAAACGCUUGUUUUCUAUUUUAAUGUAUUUUAAAAUGUAACUUAUUCCUGCGGCUGGAUUUUCAGCAUCAUUACUGCGGUCUUCAGUAUGAGAAAUAUAGAGAUUUGGUGCUCAAACAAACACUUCUCAUCAAAAUUGAAUACAGCGUUUAUGUGAAAUGGAAACUGCGUUACAUUUGUGACAUUAUUCAUGUUUUUACUGUCACUUUUGAUCAAUUUGAUGUGUAACCAGUCCGUAUAAUUUUGAACAGUAAUGUCUAGUAACCAUCAGGCCGUGGCUUUGCCUGACGGUUGUUUAUCCAUGUGACCAAUCGGUCAUGUGACCUACGGAAGGACUAAACUCUGCCUUCUACUCUCUCUUUAGUUUUUUUACAUGCUCUACGAUCGGAGGCAGAAUCGUGUGUCCUUCCUCUGUGAAUGUCUUUUCUCAAGCCUUUAACGAGGUGUUUCAGCGGCGUGAACCCGGUCCCGUUUCUCACCGACGAGAGACUAGGUGACUGGACAUACGGCCGUUUUUAAGAGUAUUAUUUGAGAUGUUUACUGUAAAUAGUUUAGUUUUUUUUUUUUUUUUUUUUUAUGUCAUGGGGUGAUAUGACUACUUUUGGGGGUGGGGUGGGGAGGGGUGUACAUUGAGAGCAUGUGACAGAAAGCAGGGCUUGUUAGUGUUCAUGGUAAAUACAUUUGCAGUUCUAGAAAUGGUAGGAUUUAGCCUGUAACGGGAAAUGUGAGCUGGGUCUCUAGGUUUAGGUUUUGAGCAUAUAGUCUUUGCUAAAGAAAAGAGGAAAUGCAGGUGUCAAUGCUGUGUCAUAGAUAUGCACAGUACAAUUCAGAGGACUGUGCCAAAUGUGCUGUUUUCCUAAGUGUGUGUGUGUGUGUGUGUGAGAGAGAAAAUGUUUGAAUGGUACUACAUUCGUGGUGCUGUGUAUCUGUGCCAACUUUCCUUUUUGCACUUUUAAAACUUACUUUUAAUCUUUUUCUUUUCGGCUUCUCUACCUUUUCAUAAAUUUCCUUUUAAAUGUCCAUAUUGUUUUCUGUAAUUUUGCACCACAGCCUUUUUUUGUCGUUCGUCUCGUCUUUGUUUCGUUUUUUGUUUUUUGUUUUUGUUUCUUUGUCUGUUAAAGGUCUGUGAAAAGUCUUGAUUUUUAGACUGUAAAUAUCUGCAAUUGUGUAUUACAGGCCAGUUUACUUUUAAAAGCCAUGGGAUGUUUUAUAAUGUUAAUUCAUAAUUGUCAUUGAAUUAAUUUUUAAACCACUUAAUGUUUCUGUAUUCUUUUGACCAUUGUUUCGAUAAUAAAACCUUAACCUUUACCUGACCCAGUAA